AUUGGGUGUACACACACCGCGAAGGACAACGCUCGCUUGUGCCACGCCGACCUCCUGUCUGCUGCUGAUUUAGCCAUAAAUCACAACAAAUUUUAUGCAAAUCCUGAUAAGGUUGUUCAAGAUCAAGUUGUUUUGAGUCUACUUGACAUAAGUCCCCCAAACCGACGUCGGAUUCCUGUAGCGGACGAGGGAGCAAGGAAAAACCGAAACAUUGAUGUCAAGUAUUCACUCUUGACAGAAAAUCAUCCAAGAUUAUGCAAGGCAACCUUCACCACUGUUCUUGGUAUUUCAAAGGAUCGUGUAUCGCGUGUGGCCAGGUAUUAUGCAGAACAUGCACAGCCGUGUCCGGAAAACAGAGGUGGACUUCGUAAUGAAGAUGAAGUCAAUCAGAAGAGGCAGAGUGUUAUCGACCACAUCAAAACUUUCACGUGCAAAGCCAGUCACUAUGGUCGACGGGGGGCACCUGGCAGGAAGUACUUGCCGUCUGAUCUGUCAGUGCGCAAGAUGCAUGAACUUUUUAAAAGACAGAAUCACAGUCAAGUGAGCUACUCGCUGUAUUAUUCGAUUUUCACAAAGCAGUUCAAUUUGGGUUUUGGUCAUCCAGCCACAGAUGCUUGUGCCACAUGUGUUAAGCACAGGCUGACGAUGAAGGACCCCCACCUUACAGAAGCAGAGAAGCGUUCCAAGACUGCCAUGUUUAUUCUUCAUCGGAGACGAGCUUGUGUCUUCUAUGAUAUGCUAGGUAGAGUGCAACCCGAGGCAGUAACACUCUGCUUUGAUAUGAUGCAAAAUAUGACUCUUCCAAGAACACCAAUUGGCCAAGCUUAUUAUUCCAGGCAAUUGUACCUCUACCUGUUUGGGGCACUGGUUCAUCAUGGUGUGAAUAGCACCCAAAGCAAGAAUGACGUUCAUCUGUAUGUGUGGAUGGAACAUCAGAACAAAAAGGACUCGAACAUGAUUGCCUCUGCUGUUAAUGAUUGUUGUCGUGUCAGAUUAAAUGGAACACUCCGCCAGAAAGGGAAUCUUCGGCUAUUCAGUGAUUCCUGUUUUGGACAAAACAAGAACAUGAACAUGAUUGGCAUGCUGAGCGCACUGAGGAAAUCAGCCUUUCCAGACUUGAACAUUGAAUAUGCUUUCCCAAUCCGAGGACACAGCUUUUUGCCUGCUGAUCGGAUUUUUGGACGGAUAGAGCAGGAAAUUCGUAAGCAUGACAGCAUCUUGCACCCUAAAGGGUACUUCGACAUUUUGAGAAAGUAUGGUAACGUGUACAUCUAUGGAGAGGAUUGGCAUGCCCUAAACUUCAAAGAACUGGUGCAUUCAUAUGUCAAACAACAAAGGACAUUCAAAGUGAGCGAGGCCCGCAUGCUGUCGCUAACCAAUGAUCAGGUAGGCUUCAAGUCUACCUACGCUGGCGAGUACUGCCAUCAUGCUGUCCUAAAGCGUGGAAAGAAGUGGACAAGUUUCAAACCUGCACCACUUGGGAUGGUCUCAACAGUCAAGAAGGCCAAAAAGGAAGAUGUUGAAAACCUGUUGUCCGCAAUUGGCGCGUCAGGAGAUGUCAUGGCAUUCUACAACAAUGCGCUCAGCAACACCACUGACUCGACUAAGGAUGUUGAAGAUGAACACAGUUCAGAAUCUGAAGAUGACAGUGUUGAUCAUGAACAGUAGAUGUCAGUUUGUCAUUGGUGGCUGACUGUCCUGUCUGUAGUCUCCAUGCAUGUAAUUUCACUGUUCGUUAAUAAUGGCUGCACCCCUUGCAGUUGUGAUUAGGUUCAGUAGUGUAAAGCCAACUCCAUGUUGGACCUAAAUGUCUGCACACACAUUUAUGGUUUGCAUUGAUAUUGAUAGUCAGGAUCGAGGUGACAAUGAAGUGAAAUACUGGUAUCGGCUCCCAUAGCUCAAAGCUUUAACACCAUAGACCCCUGUUGAGAUGACGCUGGCGAUCACAUGCAUGGUUGAAUUCGUUGCCCAUUGGUGACUAAUUGGAUCAAUGUUGUUGAAAAAAAAAAAAUGAAAAGUCUGGGUCGCAGCAAGUCAUACUGUGUGUACAUAUAGGGCUUUGAUAGUCAUGUUUUUAUUAACUGAAAUAUCAACAGAGUUCCAGUGUUGCUUAAGCCCCUUUCACACCGGGCCUACAUAGAGUUGCGUAUUGCGGCAAACCGAGUACGCCAAAAUUAGGCUGCGUACUCAUG